GAUCAUAUUUCAUAUUUUCCUUUAACUUUCAACUCUAUAUAAAGGCAUCCGUACCAAUCGGUCACGCUCGUGAAGAGAGCUACAUUUGGAUUUUGGGCAUACGUCAGAGCUCUUCUGAGAGUCUCAGAGAUGGCUGUGGUCGAAGGCAAAUGGGUUAAGCUAGAGCAGAAUGGAACAGGGCCUGGGGCAAGGAGUUCACAUGCUAUUGCCAUAGUAGGGCAGAAGGUCUAUGUAUUUGGGGGUGAAUUUACGCCUCGUGUUCCCGUGGACAACAAGCUCCACGUGUUCGAUCUCGAAUCUCUGACAUGGACUGUGGCUGACGUUUCCGGCGACAUCCCGCCGCCACGCGUCGGUGUUACAAUGGCUGCAAUCGGAGACACCAUCUUCGUCUUUGGUGGCAGGGAUGCUGAGCACAAAGAGCUGAAUGAGCUCUAUUCUUUCGAUACAAAGACUAACAAGUGGACCUUAAUUUCCACCGGAGUCGUCGGACCACCUGACCGGAGUUACCACUCAAUUACCGCCGAUGACCUGUAUGUUUAUGUCUUCGGUGGUUGUGGUGUCUCCGGCAGGCUCAAUGAUCUGUGGGCAUUUAACGUUGCAGAGAACAAGUGGGUGCAAUUUCCUUCUCCCGGGGAAAAUUGCAAAGGGAGAGGUGGGCCUGGGCUUGCAGAGGCCCAAGGAAAAAUAUGGGUCGUUUAUGGCUUUACUGGCAACGAAGCCGACGAUGUGCAUUGCUUUGAUCUGGCCCAAAAGAGCUGGGCCCAAGUGGAAACAACCGGUGAGAAGCCCACUGCUAGGAGUGUAUUCUCUAGUGUUGCCAUUGGGAAAUACAUAUUCAUAUAUGGAGGAGAGAUAGAUCCUAGUGACCUGGGUCAUCUGGGCGCCGGCAAGUUCUCCGGUGAGGUUUAUGCGUUGGACACAGAGACAUUGGCAUGGAAACGACUUGAUGAUAAGCCGGGUUCCGGCGGUCAUCCUGGACCUCGGGGAUGGUGUGCGUUUGCCAGUGGCCAGAGGGAUGGCAACGAGGGGUUGUUGGUUUAUGGGGGGAAUUCACCGAGUAAUGAUCGUCUUGAUGACAUUUUCUUUUUCACUCCUCUCUCAUAGUUUCGUGGUAAAUGAUUGGCGACUUUGUAAAAUUGCGUCAUGUUGUGAAUGAAUAAUUUGUUGUAACGUAUAGGAUCGUGGUGGCAGUGUAAUGGUAUGUGAUCUUUAGCUAGGAAAGUUUGGUGUGUAACGUGACAUGAGUCCACUUUGGAGAAUGCUUGUGUGUUGAAAUGAAGUUGCAAGAAUGACUUGGAGUUGAAA